UUGCAAACCCACUUGAGAGCAACCCACAGAAAUGAAGGUUUUUGUAGCGCUUCUUUUUGCCAUCGUCUGCUUGGCUCGAGUCCAAGCAGAGGAUCCGAUUCUUGAGGCCUUGGAGGAAACUGCCAAAGACGCCAAGGAGGCAAAGGACCUCCUCAUAAAUAUUAACGAGGUUUCCAUAAAAACCCAGGUUGCUCUGACCGAGCAGCAGGAGUCCUUAAAGGUCCUGGAUCUCAUCAAUACGCUUGUGGAAAAGCUUUCGACCGCCUUGGAUGUUAAGUCCCGGGAGACUGCUGCAGCACUUCUUAACAUUUCUAAGGAAGGCGAGCAGUACGCCAGCCGCACGGAAGCAGAGCUACUGCUCCUGGCCCGGCUUCAGGAAGGCACCGCCCUUUUGAUCAACCAGUUGACGAUCAAACUGGAAGCCUACCAGCAACACGUGCUCGACAACUCACGCAAAAUCGACCUGGACAUCAACAACCUUGCCAAGCUGAUUACCCGAACGGUUCUGCCCCAGUUAAAUGGCCUGAAGUGCUCCUUUGACAACCUGGAAACCUCACAAAUUAAUGUUGAAGUUGAACUGAAGAACCUGGCUGGAAUCCGGCACAUUAGCGAAAGCACCAACCGAAAGUUGGACGUCUUGGAGAAACAAUUAAAGCAGCUAAAUCACACCCAAGAGGUUCGCUUGGACGGACUGAUCGCAGCCGUCAGCCACCUGCAGCCUUUGAACACCUGGAAGGUAGAAGGUGCCCUCCGUGAACUGAUCAUCUCGCAGAAACGUAUCGAACUAGAUCUGGAGCAGUGCAGCCGGCCCUCCCACUACCCGCACCAAGGUCAUCAUGAAGAAACCUACGCUCCAAGUUAUGGCUAUGUGCCCUCAUACGCACCACCUGAGCCCCAAUAUUCACCACCCAAGCCCAAACCAGUGGAUUUAGUACAGGUGUGGAACAUAAAUGAGCCACAAAAACAGGGUGAGUUUCCUUCAUACCAACAAGUUAGGGCCUAUGCGCAGUCGCCGGAACCAAAAAAGCAUCACCCUGUAUCUCGGCGGGAACCCUUGCCUUGGGAGGCUGUUUCCCAUCAUCAGUCUGCUGCCAACCAUCACUAUGAGGAUUGGAACCCAGCCCCAGUUUACGCUACCACUGCAAAGCCCAGGCGAAAGCCUUGUCCAAAAGAACAGCAAUCACCUGCACCAUCUUACGGACAAGUAUUAAUUCCCCAGGAAUCUUAUAAGCCUGAACCCCAAGGGCCCCACAAGCUGGAACCAUACCAACCACAAUCCUACAAGCAAGAGACCGUACCAGAGUCGCAUAAACAAGAAAACCACCAAGAUCCAUCCUAUAAGCCACAGGAACCCUUUAAACCGCAAUCUCAUCAUGGAAAAACCUAUAGACCUUCGCCUGUCCAACCUGGAGAGUCUUACAGGAUUUGGUACGGCGACGAGUCUUUACCCAAAGGAUUCUAA